UGUACUCAGAUAAUUCAAAACCAUCACACAAUGCUGUCCAUUUUGAGAAAAGCCCGAUUAAAGGACAAGGAAAUGCGGAUCCUAAUGCUCGGUCUCGACAAUGCGGGCAAAACGACCAUCGUCAAACAGAUCAUGAACGAGGACGUCACGACCGUCAGUCCGACGUUAGGGUUCAUUAUCAAGACGAUAGAUUUCGAGGGGUACCGAUUGAAUAUCUGGGAUGUAGGAGGCCAGCGCACUCUCCGAUCGUACUGGAAGAAUUACUUCGAGAAGACAGACACGCUGGUCUGGGUGGUAGAUGCUACGGACCGGCUUCGGGUUGACGACUGCCGUGAUGAAUUGGCUGGUUUGCUUUUAGAGGAGCGCCUAACGGGCGCAAGUCUAUUAAUCUUCCUGAACAAAACAGACGUCACAGGAUGCAUGACAGAAAGUGAAGUCCAAGAGCGCCUCGGUCUAGACGCGAUCAAAACGCACAAAUGGACCAUCUUGCCCUGCAGUGCCAUGACCGGGAAAAAUCUCCGCGAAGGUCUCGAAUGGGUGGUGCAGGAUGCGAAGGAUAGGCUGUUUCUGUAUUAAUUUAAUUUGAUUUAAUUGUCUAUUGCAGUUUGUG